ACAGACUCCAAAUGCGUACAACAUGAGCAUUUGAUCUGUAAGUCCUUUUGUUCCCUCUCCCCUCUUCUUCACUCUCCGAUCCUCCGAAGCUCAAAUCUUCACAUUUUUUUCUCCCAAUCUCGCCAAACCUUUAUAACAGAUAGCAAUUUGUCACUCACAUUCUCCCUCUCUUCAAUUGUCUUUGUGUAUCUUCUUCGGUGGGUUUUCCAGUAACCGAAACCUUUAAUCGACAGUUGCGCAGUUCUACUCUUCCGUUUCUGAGGUUGUAAGGGGAUUAUAUCGGUAUCUCUGAAGAGUAAAACGGCUAUUUUUUAUAGCUAGCUGGUUAGUUCUUUCAUUUUUCUGCUCUUUAUAUGAAGUGGAGCAACAAACUAUUGGAGCAGCAGUUUGUGAGUCAUGAUAAAGUGCUAUGGAUGGCGUCGAUUUCUGUUUUGUCUCCCUCUCAUUUUCUUCCUUCCUUACCUAUUUUCAGUUAUGGAAUUGCACCAGAGCAUGCCACACAGGUCCCACAAGGAAAAGUUUGACCACCUAGUUCUGGGCCCUGCUGCUGGUCAGGGUUUACGUGAUCGAUUGCAAUGUCAAGACCGUAAAGCUUUAAACAAGGACCAGUUUUCAGCACUGCCACAAAUAUCGAGUUCGGAGGAUACCGUCUCUAUAGUAACCGUCUUUACUAUUUACAACACCUCUGCUGGGGAGAAAUCAUCAAAGUUGGUAACUGUUGGGGAAACUUCAUACACUAAAAUGGAAAGAUCACUGACUAUUCUGGAUGUCUUUAUUAACUUCAUAAAGGUGUCAAUGCCCCAGAGCAACGUAGUCAUUCUCACUGAUCCAGCUUCAGAUCUUUCAAUGCACAGAAAUAAUGUUAAUGUAGUUCCUAUUGCAGGUGAAUAUUCGCGAGACAAGUUGAUGCUUCAAAGAAUCAAAUCUUACAUUGCUUUUCUAGAAAUGAGGCUUGAGGAGCACUCCCGCAAGCAAGAAUAUAAUCAUCAUUACAUCUUCACAGACUCCGAUAUAUCAGUUGUUGAUGAUUUAGGCCAGAUAUUUCAAAACUAUCCAAAGUUUCAUCUCGCUCUAACUUUCCGGAACAACAAGGAGCAACCUCUAAAUUCAGGUUUUAUAGCAGUGAGGGGAACACACGAUGGAAUUCUUAGGGCCAAAGUCUUUCUAGAAGAAGUUCUGGAAAUAUACAGCUCCAAAUACAUGGAAGCUUCACGAAUGCUAGGAGACCAAAAAGCCUUGGCUUGGAUUGUAAUGUCUCAUCCUUCAUUUGAUGCGAAAAGAUUUACUAGACCACAACCUUUUAUGGACGAAAUUCGCGGAGCAUCAGUUCUCUUCUUACCAUGUGUGAUUUAUAAUUGGACACCCCCAGAAGGAGCAGGGCAGUUUCAUGGCAUGCCCUUGGAUGUUAAGGUUGUUCAUUUCAAGGGAUCAAGAAAAAGACUAAUGCUGGAGUCCUGGAACUUUUACAAUUCCUCUCCCUCUCCUAGCAUCCCUGAUAUGCUGUGUCUUAUUUUAAUGAGUGGGAGAACAAAAUAUGAUUUCUGAUUGUUUAAUGGUUUCCUUUCCUCCUUUAAUUGGGAGCCCCUAAAAACAAUUAGGGGCCUGCACUACAGGACAAAAAGGGUCAUGAAAUAGCAAAUAUGGGAUCCCUUAUCCCAUUUUUUUGAAA